AUGGCAUCCGAUGCGCUCACGACGAUGGGCACAUGCAUGUUCGAUGACGCCGUCAUGGCGGCUAAGCUCCCGGCGGCCGUCGUGCAGCGCUUCAACGAGUGCCUGGUGAGCGGAGCACCGACUCCGGAGGAUGACAUGAAGGUUAUUGCUGAUACCAUGUUCAGCUGGGCUCGCGAGCGUGGCGCGAUCGACUUCGCACACUGGUUCUUCCCCCUGCGUGGCGGAG